AUGGAAAAGUCCGGUAAACAGGGAAUGGGCAUUAUGGGAGUAAAGAGAACGGGAUCAGAGAAGUUAUUGAGUUUAAAUCCCUUAAUACUAUGCGGUAAAGCUCGUUUUCGACAAAACGUACACAUACCCGCGGAGAAACUUCUUAGCUAUAAACUUGGACCAGUCAAACGUCAUAAAAAUAUUAUAUGCUUGAAUAAGUUCGUGUGCACCGUUGUAAGUAUUCAAGUGCGUACUUAA